AUGGACAUCGACGACAUUGCGCGAUUACGAGCUCGACUUCGUGAUAUUGGCAUCGAGAAGUUCUUCGACGAGACUGUAAACUCGGGCAUGGAUGUUCGAAAGCUCGGGGUUGCCUUUGGCAUAGAUCCUGCACUUGAAGUCGACGAUGACACCUUUCUCCGCCUGCUAGGACUUGCUGUUGUACGCGCUUUCUAUAAGCGUGAGAAGCUGUCACAGUAUAAUACCCUGGAACAUGCUGCGGCACUUCUACAGAAAAGCAGCAAAAUCCUGGUCAUCACCGGCGCAGGCAUUUCGACUUCACUCGGCAUUCCUGACUUCAGAUCGAAAGGGACAGGAUUCUAUGACAAGAUUCAGCAAAUGGGUCGUGAUGACAUUGCUGAGCCGCAAGAUGUCUUUGACAUUGAAAUGUUCGAUCUUGAUCCCACAUUGUUCUACAGCCUCGCCGGCGAAAUAUUGCCUGAUCGCAGCAAAGGCUAUACGCCAACUCAUGGUUUCAUUCAACUUUUGGAUCAAAUGGGAAAGCUUCAGACCAAUUAUACACAAAAUAUCGACAACCUUGAGGGUAUCGCCGGCAUCAACCCGGACAAGGUCAUUCAAUGCCAUGGCAGCUUCAAGACAGCAUCGUGCCGAAAAUGUAAGCACAAAGUUGACGGCGCCGUAAUUGAAGAUGAUAUUCGCAACAAGAGGGUACCGAAAUGUAAACAGUGCGAGAAAGACCUCCAUUCAAUACAGAAGCCUCAGAAAAGGUGCGGCGCAAAAUACACCUCUGCCGACUCCGACGAAGAUGAUGAUAUUCCAGAGCCAGGUGUGAUGAAGCCAGACAUCACAUUCUUCGGCGAGCAACUUCCCGAGGACUUUUUCACAAGGUUCACGGAAAAGGAUGCCAAAGACACCGAUUUGGUGAUCGUGAUCGGCACCAGCUUGAAGGUGGCCCCAGUCAGCGAGAUGCCGAACUAUGUGCCGCACCACGUACCACACAUCUACAUAUCGAUGGAGCCUAUACGGCAUGUAGAGUUCGACAUUCAACUUCUUGGAAAGUGUGACGAAGUAGUCGCAGCACUAUGCAAGAAAGCCGGCUGGGUACUGAAACACGACUGGGUCAAGCAAGACGAAGAAUUCGCCGUCACAACAAGUGACGGUGCACCGCCUUACAUCUGGAAUGUCGCAAAGGUAGAACGACGUCCAGCGAAGUCAGAGAACCAACCUGAAGAAGACACCAAAAAUUCAAAAUUUGCUGCGGCACCUUCCGAGCCUGCGAACAUGUCAGAGACUAAGACCACCAAAGUUGAGCCUGAGCAGGCGCUUUUUCAAAAGCACAAUCCGGUGAUUGACCACACCUGA